AUGGGCUGCCUACGACUCUUCCGUUGCCUGCGCCGGCGCUCCUCGCAAGACGACGCCCUCCUCGCCUCCCAACAACGUUUCGGCCCACGUCCCUACCGUGACCACGAUUCCAAGCAUCAACACUCUCCCUCAGCCGACUCCUCCUUCUCCACCGACUUCGCCGAAAAGGUCUCCUACUCCGAGAACUCUCGCUACCGCGGCUCUUCACGCACCGGCUCGGUCGCUGUUCCCGUCAUCCGCCCCAACGUCAACCCGGCUUAUUCUGCUUAUGCGACGCCAGAGGUCUACCGGUAUGGAGGCGCCGGGCCGAGAGAUGAUGGAAGGUCACAGAGCGUGAGGCCAACGAGGGAGAAGAAGGGGGUUGAUGUCGACAGCCCAGAGGAGAAGGAGAGGAGGAGGAAGGCGGAGGAGGAGGAGCAGGAGCGGAUGGAUUUCUUGCAGAUGAUGUGA